AUGUUAACAAGAGCUCCGCGGAAACGGGAAGGCGAUGAUGGUGAUGGCAAACCGAAUCUCGCCCAGCCACCUGAAAAAAAGAGCAAACUUCCGGAGAGACGAUUCAGAAAGCGACGGUUACAAGAAGUGCUCAACGAGCUUUGUUACAGAGUGCAGAGUAAUGAUAGACAAUUGACGAAUAAUCUAAUCCGGGAGUUGGAUACGGAGCAUGUACGUGUCAUCUCCGGACGUGAUUUCGAGAGAAGCUGUAUGAAAAUGCUCAAGGCUGCGUUGACAGCAAAAAUUGAUUCCGUCUCCACAAAAAUGUUCGCCUGCCUCGUUAGUAUGUUCUCUCGGGGUUCUCUGGAAAGACGAAAGAAUUUCAUAAAAUCUCUUCAUGAAAUAUGUGAAGGACUAGCGAAAGCCACAAAAGAAGCUGCAAAGAUCAACGCAAUCAUUGUGACAUCUCGACAAGACACUCCAGCAAGAACUGGCGCUCCCUCGACGUCAACGAAGACUCCAGAAGCACCAAAACCCAGCGAAGAUGGGUCUGAAUCUGACUCUUCUGUCGAUGAACUUCCUCUCAAGAAACCAGAAAAUCCAUUUCGAGUCGAAAAAAUCGCUCCGAGUCGCUCUGGGUUGGAAGAAGAAAUGGAAGAGAUCUCAAUGAUUGACGCUUUCUAUCAGAAGCCGAAUCUCGAUUGUGGAGUUCUUGGGUUAUAUACGAUGGCGUUGAGAGAGGGAAUCGUUGAAACUGUGGACAUUCCGGAAAAAGUACGCCUGAUCGCUCGCCGCUCUCUUGCUCACUCCUCCAUCUCCACCACCCCCAAUCGUAUCGCUGCUCUCGAACUCCACGUGGCAAUGGCUAUUUCCUACACUACCGCCUUUCCGACUUCAGAUGACGUGGAUUUUCAGCAUUUUCAAGCAAGGGAGUGCGAAGAUACACUGAAUCGGUUAUCAGGUGAUCGUGAUUUUCGAGUGAGAAAAGCGGUUUCCGAGGGUCUUCUGGAACUGACCAGCGUGGCGAAGCUAUCAAAAUACACUUAUCCCACGGCGAAGAUGUUUAUUAGAGAUGCGGAUUCAGAUAUCAGAAUUACAGCGAUUCGGCUGUUGAUUUACUAUGCAAAGUUGUAUGGAAUGGAGAGUUGGGAAGAUGAGUCGAUGACAAAGAAGACGACAAUUUCAGAUGAUGCAUUUUCAGCCAUCUGUGAUGCAAUGAAUGACAUUGAGAUAGCUGUAAGAGUGGAGGCUGCACAGAAGCUAGGAGAUUUCGAGACAGUUUCUGAAGACUUGAUAUAUCAGACACUUGAUAAGAAAAUGAUGAGAUCUGGAGCCAACAAGCAAGUCGUCAAAGUAGAGCAAUCUCUAUUCGCUUUAUCCAAAAAGGCGCACACCCAGAAGGAUCGUCGUUGGAAGUUCGCCAAAAAGGCGCCGAAACAGGCGGAAACCCGUGGCGGAUGGUCACGGGGAAAGGAGUUGAAUGCGGCGUGUCCUGGAGAGGAGGAGAAGAAGAAAGAGGAGAAUGAGGAGAAAGAGGCAGAGAGUAUUAUACCUCAUGGAGCGUGUGGUGCAUUCGUUUCAGCGUUGGAGGAUGAGUUUAUGGAUGUCCGAAAAGCUGCAGUCUACUCCCUUGGCCGUCUCGCGUGCAACCGGCCAGGAUUCGCUGUAUCCGCCCUGGAAUAUCUCGCUGAUAUGUUCAAUGACGAGAUCGCCGGUGUCCGUUUGGACGCAAUUAACGCGUUGACGCCACUAAUUGCGCAUGGUCAAUUAAAUGCCGAGCAAUUGAAUGUGAUUCUGAAAUGCCUUGACGACGCGAUGCCAGAUUCUCGUCAAGCGAUGAGAGAGUUGCUGAAAAGAGCUCAAUUCACUGAUGUGAACUGUGUAGAGAUGUGUGUAAAGGCGUUGUUGGCUUGUAUGAAGAGAUUUCCGAAGGAUAAAGAGCAAGUAUAUGGAUGUGUGGCUGAAAUUGGAAGGAAUCAUGCGGUACAAGUACAAUCCAUCAUGAGAUCUCUGCUCGAUAUUCAUUUGAUAUUCCACACGAGAGAACCAUCGAUUGAAGAUCAAGAUUAUGUGGGGAAACUGAUAAUGGUGUUGAAUGCGGCAAGUUGCCAACCAUCACUUGUUCACUUUAUGCCUGAAUUCGUUCAUCGACAUUAUCGAUUUUUGAGAAAUGCGUUUCCGAAUAUUGUACGCGCGAUUCGAGUGAUAGAUGAGGAGAAACAGAUUGGAAGGUUGAAGAAGAUGGAUGCGGUGACGAAUGAGAAGGCCGAGGAGGUCGUGUUGAACACUUAUCAGAGACUAUGCGACGUGGCAUCGACCGCCCAUCUCUCCGACCGACACAUCCAACGAGACGACAUCUUCCGUGACUCUACAGCCAUCUCCCUCUACAAUGCGUCAGUCUCCGGUGCCGCCCGUCUCAUUUUCUGUCUUGGAGAAGUGUCAUCUACCGUGGAUUCAGUAACCGAUACAGUACUCCGUGGCGGGGAAUUGACGAAUGUCAAGCAGUUGAUAUCUCAGAGUAUUGAGGAUAUGCAAUCGAUUGAGCAUCAAUUCUCGGGAGUUUCCAAUCAAAUUCUCUCGUAUCUUAUCUAUUGUCGAGUCUAUCUCUCGUUUUUAGAUAUGUUGGUUUGGAUGAUGCAGGUAAUGGCGCCACAAUCUGAUGUGAUAAAAUCUGGUCAAGAAAUUUGUAAAGCAGCACGACUAGCCAUCGAAGACCAUCCAGUAAUCUCCACAACUCUCACCUCCUUCAUCUCUGCAUCUGAAUCUCUUUUCUUCCCGCCCGUUCAGAUUCCAUUGAAUCAGAAUUCGAAUUCUCUUGAAGACAACAAACGAAAAAUUAUCACUCCCAUCUCGCUCGUCAAUCUUCUCAAUCAAUCCAUGCCAAUUUUGCCUCCGAAAUUCCCAAAAGUCUCCGCAAUUCAUCUCAAAUACGCGAAAAUUACGGCUCCGAAUCGCGACACCGCCGUCGAGGAGACACUGAAAUUUUAUGCUCAUUUACCACAUGGAAUGUUGUUGGAAUUCGAAUUGUAUAAUAUGAAACAGACAGAAUUGGAGGCGAUUCGAGUGAAGACGACACAUCCAGAUGGGCGGUGCGAUGUGAUGAAACCGAGAGUUGAUGAGUUUCGUGAGGAGAGCGGACACUUUUGUGUUAGCACUCAGUUGAAAAUCUCGUGCUCCGGUCCGUGGGCAGAAGCAGCCGAAAUCGAGGUUGUCAUCGGAAUCCUCAAUGGAAAUGCAUUCGUCCCACUGUUCGCUUCUCCGUCUUGCUUCUCACCAGCCCACAUUCGAGUCAGAAUUCAUCCACAUUCCCGCUGA